UACACCAGAGAGAGAGAGAGAGAGAGAGCAAGGGUGCAUUGCCAGAGACUCCUAGAGCAUAGUCCAGCUCUUCUGCAUCUAGCUCUGCAUCACCCUGCACAUCUCCCACCACAAGGAGGAGGGAGGGAGGGGGGAAAAGGGUUAACCAGGAGAGAGAGAGGAGAAAACAAGAGAGAGAAAGCAGCAAAAUAAAGAGGGAAUAAGAAGAAGGACGACAGGAGACGGACUAGGAAAAAAAAUGAAGGCACCACUUCAGAGGCUGAGCCUGUCCAGCUUGCUCAUUGUGAUGCUGACACAAGUGGUCCUUGUUCAAUGCACCGAGUUCAUCACUCCAGCUGAUAAUUACACCGUUUGUCAAGGGGAUAACGCCACUCUCAGCUGUUUCAUUGAUGACCAAGUAACACGAGUGGCCUGGCUAAACCGCUCCAACAUCCUCUAUGCAGGGAAUGACAAGUGGUCCAUAGACCCCCGUGUCCAGCUGCUCACAAACACCAAGUCUGAAUUCAGCAUCCUUAUCAAUAAGGUGGAUGUAGCUGAUGAGGGACUAUAUACGUGCUCCUUCCAGACGCAGGACAAGCCACACACCUCUCAGGUCUAUCUCAUUGUGCAAGUUCCAGCGAAAAUUGUUAACAUCUCAGAUAGCAUCACCAUUAAUGAAGGCACAAAUGUCAACCUACAAUGCUUGGCAGUGGGGAAGCCUGAACCAAUCGUCACCUGGAGGCAGCUGAAAGAGGGCUUCUCAAGCGAAGGCGAACUCCUGGAAAUCACAGAAAUAAACCGCCAGCAAGCCGGAGAAUAUGAGUGCAUCACCACUAAUGGAGUGUCCGUCCCUGACAACAAGAAAGUUCAGAUAACGGUCAACUACCCUCCCUCUAUUACAGAUGUGAAGAACGCUCAGGCACCAGUGGGCAAAUCAGCAGUGCUCCGCUGUGAAGCCUCGGCUGUCCCUCCUCCUGAAUUUGAAUGGUUUAAAGAUGAUAAACGAGUGUCUGAAGAGACGGAAGGCUUAAAAAUUCAGAACGACAGAUCUUGGUCUGUGCUCCUGUUUGCGAAUGUUACCUCAAGGCAUUAUGGGAAUUACACAUGCCUGGCAUCCAAUAAACUCGGCAUAUAUAAUACCAGCGUGCGACUACUCAAGCCUGGUUAUGCUCUGAAUCAUGGAGUUACUUUCAAAGUAUCACCUCUGCUCCUUGGCUUUUUGGCUUCCACGAUAGUUUCCCUCCUACGUACAAUCUAAAACAAAAUAAAGAAAAAAUAUCCAGAAAGAAUUCUCACAACUGACAGAAAAUAAAAUAUUACUCAAAACAAUACAAUAAAAACACAAAAAAUCAUUUUCUAAGAAGGAUUCUGACACUGUGAGGGAACAAAUUAUGCAUUUCUAAACUGCAUCGUUGACUUGCUGCACCUUCCAAUGGGAGAAAGAAAGGACGGGUGGAUUUUAUCAGAAGGACAUUUUCUGAAUGAACUAUAUGGAUAAAUGAUGGAUUGGAAGAAAACUUCAUUGAUGAAGUAGAAAUUGAAAGAAACAUACAGUAUAUAAUUAAAUGCUAGAUAUAUUGAAGAUGAUUCUUAUUGGUGUUUAAAGAACAGAGGGCUUCAUUGUUUUUAACACUUCCAAUGCUGAAUUGAUAUGUAACUCUUUUCAACACUGGAAAGCCUAACAUUACAGUGUAGGUCUUCCCCAAACCCCAUCCACAUUUAUAAAGUGAUUUCUUGAAAACCCAUCAAACACAGUAUAAAUGGCCUGACCUUGUUUUCCCUUUCACUAAAUCACCAUUUCUGUAGCUCUUAGAUCCACCACUUGCUCACAACACAAACACCAGAUGUCUAGUUUAAUAGAUAAGGAAUUAUACAUCAUAACUGCAACUAUCCCUGUAAUUAACUGGUAAAUAUAAAGGCCUCCUGAAUGUUCUCGUGCAUGUUCUACAGCAGGAACAACAUUGAGAACGUGAAUGAGAGGACCAUAAGGUAUAGAGAGAGUGAGUUCUAAUGAAUGAAUGUUAGUUUAUGCCCUCCAUACCAAAUGGUCUUUAUGGCUCAUUAAGUCCUAAAUGAGGGUAAUUUUAUUUCAGGUGCAUUGUGAUAUUCCAGUUGUCAGUGUUCUGUACCUAUAUCUCCAGUCAUCUCCAAAAAUCUUUAACUGCACUUCUGGAGCUCUGGAGAACUACCUGAAAGGGACUUUGAAAAUGUGGCACAUCCUACAAAUGUGGAAGUAUUGAGCGCUUGACUGAAGAGACUUUAGAAAGAUGGUUUAUGGACAAUUAAAUUUACUGAGAAAGUUGUUCCCACUAUAGCAGAGACAAAAGGGGAAAUAAGUAUGAGGAUUUUUUUUAGGAUUUCAAGGGAAUACAUAAAGAAAAGAUUGUGUUUUUGAAAACAUGCCACAAUUUCAUAUGCCUAUCAUUCAUCACCAGUGUCUGUGACAUUCUUGUAGGUAUUUUACUGACCCUUUCCCCCUUGUAGAAGUGAAAGAUGGGGAACCAGGGGCCUUGAGUAUUGUCUGACUGUUAGCUGUCUGUCUGCAUGGUCCUAUCACUGACUGCAAGUCCUGGGCCCGCCUUUACUCAUUGCAUUAUGUUAAUCAAGGAAAAGGACUUCAUGGGCUGCUAUGUUUAUAUCAUUAAUUGGUGUGGAGAUUGAAUGGGCCGAGAAAGGAAAACUUCACAAUUUCUCUCACCCAAAUGGGUUUCCAAGGUCUUUAAUAAUCAGGACCCAAUGUAUUCAUUUCACCCAUUUUCCACAACAAGAGGUACCCAAUAGGGAGCUCCUGAUGGCUUUUCCAAAAUGGCGGGCCUGCUCAAGCGUGUUUUUGUCCUUGGCGUCUGUUCGUCCGUCCACCUGUUCAUAACAGAUACAUGUAGGGUCAAAAAAUAGGCCCAACAAGAGCUUCCAAGCUGUGCAUCAAAGCAAUGCAUUCUGGGAUUCCACAGUCUCCGUUCCUGCGUGGGGUUUUGAGUUUAUGGGGCACUUUAAUGCUCAUCACAGGAAAUUCAAUGCAUUUGAUUAUUUUUGGGGAGUUUUUUUUGUUUCUUUUUGCAAAAAGAUAAAAAAAUACUUGUGAAUAUUGGCAAACAAAUGUAAAAAGUGUUAUAAUAUAAGAGAGAAACUCUACAAAA